AUGAAUGGGGACACAUUUCGUGAGUGGAUGGAGGGCAUUCUACCUCACCUAAAACCAAACCCCGUUAUUGUCAUGGACAACGCUUCCUACCUUCAGUUAAACUCGACAAAGCCCCAACAUCAAAUACAAAAAAAGGCGGAUAUAAUAAAGUGGUUAGAGGAUAAGGGAGAAGUCGUAGACCGGUCUAUGGUUAUCCCUCAACUAUUGCACAUUGUGAAACGAUUGAAGCCACUACAUACUAAGUAUGUUAUUGACGAGCUUGUUAAAGCUAAUAAUCAUACAGUGUUACGACUCCCGCCAUACCACUGCGAGCUUAACCCCAUUGAGCUCGCUUGGUCAUCGGUGAAGAACCACGUCCGGAUGAAUAAUACUACUUACAAGCUUCCGGACGUCAACAAUUUACUAACAGAGGGCAUCAAUCGAGUUGACGCAGAAAUGUGGAAAAAUUUUAUAAGCCACACCAAAAAGGAGGAGGACAAGUUCUAUGAAGUUGAUAAUAUUAUAGACGAGGUCUUGUCGGCGGAAAAAACGGAUUUGUUGAUGACCAUUACGGGACACACGUCAUCAUCUGAAACGGAUUCAGAUUCUGAUUAA